CUGCAUACCUUGGUAACCAGGGGCUUCUUGGGGCAUGGCUUGGAGUUGUGACCAUCCUGUCGUUCCCUAAGCUCGGUAGGGAUGGCCGAGGCGCCGACGGCGAGAGCUGCAAGACCGAGAGUAACCCUCAUAUUGACAAAGCUGUUCUAUCUCGGGCGGUUGAGAUGGCAGAAGCAAGCUGCAGCUGUGUCUUCCACCUGGAGUGCGGAUUGCAGCCUUUAUACAUGUUUGCUGCACCGAUCGACCGGUCGUGCGUGUGUAACCAUGUACAAAUCCCAUGGACCUGUUCCCUAACCCGAGAGUGCAGCUAUCGCGUGCAAUUCUGCAGCAAUCGCGUACACUCGCAGUCGUCCCCCCGUCUGCCAAGCAUUUCAAUAUCGGUCAUCUCUUAUCAUUCGCCAACGGCGACUCCACCGUUCAUGCUUGAUCUAGCAGCUGGUAAAGACAAGCUGCGCCAAUGCCUGCUUCAUUCUGGUAGACGGUCUGGGCAGCGCCUGGGCGUACCUGAUAGUGGCGCUCAAUUGCGAGAUUACUGGGGCUCGAUUGGAGAGCGUACUGAGGUGGAUAGAUGUCGGCGGAGGCAAGCUCCCUCCUGCCAAGAAGGCCGGAUGGGUGCUCUUUAGGAAGGUGGCCACGCCCGGCUAUGGGAACGCAGAAGCGCAGCUCUCUAGCCUUCUAGAAGCGAUUGUGUAUCGCGGA